AUGAAGUCUAUAACGUUUAACUCGGGCAAAGACGUGAUCAUAAGUGGAGUCAAAUCGAUGAACAGCCAGAUCACUCAUAUGACUCUCAACGGUUGCACCAAUGUCGCCGUCCGUAACGUGAAGCUAGUGGCUCCCGGAAAUAGCCCAAACACCGACGGUUUCCACGUUCAGUUCUCCACCGGAGUCACAUUUACCGGAAGCACCGUUCAGACCGGAGAUGAUUGUGUUGCUAUUGGUGCUGGUACCCGCAAUUUCCUCAUCUCCAAACUUGCUUGUGGCCCAGGUCAUGGUGUUAGGUGUGGGAUUGUCGUUUCUUAUGUUCUUACGUGCAUGUCAGCAUGUGUUUGCAUGUAUAUAAAUGUAUGCGCGUGUAUGUAUAUAUGUGGGGUUUCCAACAUAUCUGGACUGAUGAGGCAGUUAAUGGAAAAGAUGAAGGAGAGGUUGGAGAAGAUGAAGAGGACAAUGAGACAACAGAGAGCAAAGCAUCAUAUAAUCAGAAUUUGCAUCACUUUGCUUCUCUCUUCUGAUGACAACUCUUGAUCUUUCCUUUCUUGUUAAUUUUGAUCUUUAACUUCUUUUCUCAGCCAUCAGCAUUUUUUGCGUUUACAUAGUGUUGUAAUAUGUAAUCGUUGGGCUUGUACAAAUAUUUUAAGCUUGAUGAAUAAUUACAGAAGAAAUGUAUUUAUUUGUUUUCAGUUUUCAGCGACAUAAUAUCAUCCUUCUCAUAGACAAAACCUCCCUGCCAAAAUAUAUAUAUAAGGCCCCCACCGCCCACGGCUAAUGGGCCACCCACGCCCGCUAUCUCGGCCCGUGGGCCCCAUCCCAUCUGACGGUCGGUCCGUCAAUUUUCCAAGGCUCUAGAGUCUUGUUUACUGACCCUGCAAUCACCACCCGACCUUUUCCCGUGCUUUGGCCUCACUCACACGGUAUCGUGAAUCACUUCCCGAUAGGUCACCCAUCCUUCCACUACUCCAGCUCAAGCACGCUUAACUCUGGAGUUCUAAACGGAUGUGUGACGGAAAAGGUAAGUCAACUUUGGUGAUAUAGGUAGUCAAAUCAAUUAUCUUAAAGCCUUUUCCAUAUAUCACAACUCGGGAUGUUACAAUUCACCCCCUCUCAAAGAACGCAACGUCAUCGUUGCGUCCCACGACAGAUCUCAAUACGCCUCUCAGGUCAGAACUGAGAUGGCUAACCAGCUCUGAUACCACUUAUAACGCCUCGACCGCCCACGGCUAAUGGGCCACCCACGCCCGCUCACUCAGCCUGUGGGCCCCAUCCCAUCCGACGGUCGGUCCUUUAAUUUUUCAAGGCUCGAAAUCAUUGUUUACUGACCCUGCAAUCACCACCCGACCUUUUCCCAUGCUUUGGCCUCACUCGCACGCUAUCGCGAAUCACUUCCCGAUAGGUCACCCAUCCUUCCACUACUCCAGCUCAAGCACGCUUAACUCUGGAGUUCUUUCAGGAUGUGCUCCGGAAAAGUUAAGUCAACUUUGGUGAUAUAAGUAGUCAAAUCAAUUCUCUUAAAGCCUUUUCCAUAUAUCACAACUCGGGAUGUUACAAUAUAGUACCCGCUAAAGUCUAAACAUACUAUUAUAUUUAUAUUUAGUACUUGUAUAUAUGCAUGUAGCCCUUGUGUGAUUGAUAUUAUAUUAUUAUAAGUGCGUUAUAAUUAUUGGAUACACGUAUAUCUCUUUGUUUUGAAUGAGUAAACAUCAUCAAAGGAGAUUAAAAUAUUAAUAGUAAUGCAUUUAUUUUUCACCAAUAUAGUUCAAUUAAAAGACACUUAAAUUACAUACUCUCUCCGUUCCUUAAAAUUACAUACUCUAGAAAAAAAUUGUUUCAAAAAGAUCCAUUUUUUAUAUUUCCAAUGCAUGUUUUAUUAACUAAUUGUAAAUUUCAAAAAACUUAAUUGUACUAAUUAAAUUUUUAUUGGCUUAAAAUUAUGGAAAAAAAGAUAAACACAAAAAAUUAUGCAUUAAGUUUUACUAAAAUGCUUAAAAAAAUCUAGAAUAUAUAAUUCAAAAGUAACGGAGAGGAAGUACAUGUUAUGAUAACAACAAAUAAUAAUUGUUAUGAUAACAACAAAUAAUAAUAAUGGCACUCGAUAACCCGACCAGUACCAGCACCAAUGGGUAACAGCUGCCUGAGGCAUCAGCACCAAUCCAAAUAUAUUAUUAUACUAUUAGCUUAUGCGUCGUAUUAUGAAACAUAUACGUGUACAGCCAAAUGAAAAUAUAAGGACGAAACACACAACUGCUUAAUGUAAGUACUUUUAUGUCCCACACAUCUACACCUUGUGAAAUGGAUUAUACAAAUCGAUGAUCCAAGACCCGACAAUUACUUGAGGUGUGUUCAUUCUUGAUUUAUAUCUAGGGGUGUUAAUCAAGACAAUCUAACCCGAUUUAGUCCCGGUUUUGAAUUAUUAUUUAAAUUAUCUUGUGAGUCUGAUCCAGAUAAAGAUUUAUUUCCAAUGCAUCCACUGAAAAGAGCUAAAUUUUCGCUGUGAAUGCACUUUUCCAAUGACCAUAAAUUCAUCGGAAUUUUCACUGGAAUUUACUCCUAAAAUAAACCAACAACAACUACAGAAGGUUUAAAAAGAACUAGAACGUGAUAGCUUUGGUCCAAACAAAGCUUAUCGAACUUUAUUUAUUAUCAGAACUUUAAAGCUUUGGAGCUAGGGCUUCGUUUUUAUUUGACAUCCCUAUUAACAUCGUCACGUGUAUUCAUAAUUUUAUACACUAAACGUUAUAUAUAUAAUAUAUAUAUAUAUAUAUAUCAGACCAAAGAAAACAUAGAAUUUCUUGUGAUAUACAAACUAAGAUUGAUCAUGUCUAAUAUUUGGAGUAUUGUUUGAGUUUAUAAGAGAUUUUUGUUUCAUACUCUUUAAAUUUUAUGCCCAAAAACUAAUUAUCUCGAAUUUGUCGUUUUGACAGGGACGAAAAAGGGAAAAUGCAGAAAAAGUCUCAAACUUAGAAAUGUCAGAUCGGGAAAAAUCGUACAAAAAUAUACAUGUAGUAG